GAAUUGUUUUGAGUGACUGACAAAAAGUCAAAACAAUAGAUCGUGUUUUUGUGUCGCUUGUAAGUCAACGGAUUGUUAUUAGCUUUUAUAAUCAUAAUAAAACCAUAUUUAAGUUGCCUGAGAAAGCCUUUUAUUAUGAGAAAUACACAAAUCAUUAAAAUAUACACGUUUGGCAGUGGGAAAUAAUUUGCGGGGGAAGUGAAAGCAACGACGUUGUGACGAAAGAUUCGAGAAAGCAAAACAGUUUUGUUGACGGUUGUGGAUUACUGCGGCCACGCCUGCACAUUGCACAAUGGCUGGAGAGGAACCAGAAUGGCGCAAAGUUCUUAUAGCACGCCUGCAGGAGAGGGACCGCAGACAGAAACUAAACUUUCAAGACAUCAUAGGUCAAAAUAACAAGCUGCUGGACAAUGUAACACAAUUAAAAGCGGAUAAUUUAAAGUUAUCUGUUGAGAAUGAGCAACUGCGUACGGCGCUCUCAACAGGUGGCGGCAAAGAUACCACAGGUGCACAGCUCGCCAUUAGUGCACUGGAAAAGAAGCUGCUGGCGCAACAGGAAGAAUUAACCGAGCUGCACAAAAGGAAAGGGGAAAACUCGCAAUUAAUUGUCGAUUUAAAUGUUAAAGUUGACAAACAAAACAAAAUCAUUUCCGAAAAGGAACAGACUUUGACAGAGCAACAAUCUGCGAAUAACUCAUUACGUGCGGAGGUGCAAAUGUUGAAAACAAAUCUAGAGGAACUGAAGAAACUGAAUAUGACGAUGUUGGAUGAACACACUGCGUUGCAGUUGGCUUUCAGUGCGAUGAAAAUCAUUGCUUAUUGGAACGUUUGAUGCGGUAUAAAUCCAAGGAUGCAGAUAAAUUGAACGAAGAGAACGAGAGCUUCCUUAGAAGUAGACUGCCGUCAAUUUUCAGAAAACGUUCGGAUAAAGUAAAGCGCGAUCUGGAAGACGCCGCACGCGAAACUCAUCUGCAAUUCUCACAUCGAAAUUCUAUUAGUCCCUCGCAGAUAGCUGAGGAAGACAUAAACAUAGCGUUGGGCAUAAAUAACGGUGCGAUUGCCGGAGGGGGAGAUUUUCUAUUUGGUGAUGAAAUGUUUGGGGCAAGCACGAAACGACCCGAAUGCUAUGGGAAGGACUGCAAUCCAACAACAAUUUUCAUGAAAUUUGAAGCACAUGAAACAGAAUCGCACGCCGUACGCUGGAGUCCUAUUGAACGUAUGGUAGCUACUGGUGGUGCUGAUCGUAAAGUAAAAUUUUGGGAUGUGGGGAAAGGUUCUUCAGAGCCACGAGCAGUGCUUGGCGGCAGCAGUGCUGGCAUAAACUCCGUAGAUUUUGAUUCAACAGGCUCAUAUAUAUUGGGCACAUCUAAUGACUAUGGUGCACGUGUAUGGACAGUAGCUGAUAGUCGUUUAAGGCAUACUCUCACCGGUCACAGUGGAAAAGUAAUGGCUGCCAAAUAUUUACAGGAACCAGUAAAAGUAGUUACCGGUAGUCAUGAUCGCACUUUGAAAAUCUGGGAUCUGCGUAGUAUAGCAUGCAUUGAGACAAAAUUCGCUGGUUCAAGUUGUAAUGAUCUUGUAACCACCGAUAGCCUAGGCUCGACUAUUAUAAGCGGACAUUAUGAUAAAAAAAUACGAUUUUGGGAUAUACGCACCGAAAAGCUAGCAGACGAUAUUUUGAUGCCAGCAAGAAUUACUUCGUUAGAUUUGUCAAAAGAUUUUAAUUACCUCAUUUGUUCCAUCAGAGAUGAUACAAUACAACUUUUCGAUUUACGCAAAAAUCAAGUGAUUACAACAUUUUCCCAUGAAAACUUUAAACUAAGCUGUGAUCUAGCCAGAGCCUCAUUUAAUAGCGGCGGUACGAAAAUUGCUUGCGGUUCAGCCGAUGGCUUAAUUUAUAUAUGGAAUAUAAGUGGACACUUGGAGGCCACACUUAAGGGUCAUACUACUGCCGUGAAUGCGGUCAGCUGGAGCACCAAUUUCAAUGCGAUCGCUUCUGUCGGUAAAGGAAAGAAAUGUAUUAUAUACACGGAAUCGUAGCCGAGUGUUGCAAUAGCAAAUUCCGAGUACAUUGCAUGCUGAAAGAAUGAGUGCAGAUAUUGCUUCUAAGAAGAACUACAAUGAACAAAUGUUGGGAGUCGCUGCAUCUAAUAUUUCAGUGUAGAUUUUACUAAAAAUAAACAGAGAUAAAAUUUAUUUUAAUUUAAAAUUCUAUUGCUGACAUUUUAAAGUAUUGCAGGAUCACUCUAACAAAAAAAAAAUAUAUA